AAACUCCGGUGUAAUCGACAAACAAACAUGUGGGAAGCCGGAUCCAGUAGAAACCUCGACAUCACUUUUCAAGAAUGCAAUUCUAUGAUCCCUUACCUACCAUUCUUGAUGGGCAACCAAUUCGACAUUCAAGCCUACGCCGACAAAUACCCGACUAGAACCAAGAUCAUACGCCUCCUAGCCCUCGCCCAUCACUGCCACGGCCGCAACGACGAUCGAGAAUUAGAAGCGCUGAAAAUCGCCUAUAAAGAGGCCAAGAAGGGCAAGGAUGUGCAACUAUUCGCCACAGUCGUCGAGAAAAUCAAUGGAAGAUUAUCCCCAGAGUACGACAUGGAUGAAGAUUGGUGCAAUGAAGUGAUAAGAAAUUGGGAGGAGAAUAGGGUGAGAUUAGGAGAAGAGGCAUCGAAAUGCCAGGACGAUUACGAGAAAGGAUUGGCUUACGCGGAGGACGACACAAAAGCUGCAUGCAAGAAGGCAGCAAAUAUGUUCUACAUGCAUGGGGAAGCAGAUGCUGCUAGAGUAUGGUACUUGGCUGCCAUACGUUACUGCAGGGUUGAGGUGGAGUAUUGGGAGAUGUUCAUGCGCUUUGUUUUGUUGUUCAUCGAGUGGGGCAACUUUCCAAGAGCCCAAUACACUGCCAUUGAAGGCCUCAAGCAUAAGCACGAUUUCAACAUGGACUCCUUCACUGAAAAUACUCUCCAUUCUACUAUUGGCUUGACUUCCAUUAGAUAUAGAUCGUUUACGCACGCCGCGCUUCGGUUCUUGCAAACGGGUAAAGAAGUGGGUAACCAAUUUUCGAUGAUUCUGGCUGAUCAUGAUAUUGCAACGUAUGGUGCGCUUUGUACGCUUGCAACGUUUGAGCAAGAGGAGUUGCAGGAUUGUAUUUUUGAGAAUAAGGAUUUUCAAUCUUAUUUGGAUUCAAUGAUUGAAGUCAAAGAGCUUCUCCAUGAUUUCUGCUCAAGAGAUUAUUCUUCAGUCUUCCGACAUCUUGCUAAUCUUCGAGAAUGGUUAUUGUUCGACAUACAUUUCUUCGAUCGAUUCGAAGAAUUGCAUGAAAAAAUCAGAAAUAAAGCUAUUGUCCAAUACGUUCGACCAUUUUCGGUGAUUGAUUUGAAGACGAUGGCAGAGAUUUUCAACACAAGCGUUGAAGAUCUUAAGAAGGAACUUGUAACUUUGAUACUUGAUGACCAAAUUAAGGCCAAGAUUGACUCAAUCGAAAACGUUCUUCAUGUACGAACAGACGAUACCAUAGCCAAUUUCAAAAAACUUCUACAACGUUGUAGCGAAAUUGAACGUGAUGCGAGGACCAUUCUAUUAUUUAACGCAGUAUUUAACUAUCCCUAUGUUCACAAUGAAGAAUGAUUUGUUCAUGUGAUCAUAGGAAGUCUUGAAAUUUCUUGACAUAGUUCAUGUGAUGGCGAUCGGUAUGGAAGGACAAAUUUGUUGAUGCGUUCUUGUUGAGAUUUUUUUUUUUUUUUUCAUUCUAUUACAGUAAAUGAGA